AUGCGCGUGUGGUCCCAGCGAGUGGUGGACUUGGUGAGACGCUUCAGCAACAACGCGCCGCCGACUAAGACCAACGUUUUCAGUACCACACCACGGGCCUUUGUCCACCCGUUUGAGCCAGUGUCCGAGUCCGAGCCCGAAACCGAGUCGCUGCACAUGCUGCUGCCUGGAAGUUCCACAAGUCUGGAAAGUUACACAGGGAUGCUGCAGCAUCAGCAUGGCUUCUUUGUGCUGGCAAGAUGCCAAUUCAAGAAUCGGUGGAUUUGCACGCUCGCCCUCGAGAAAACAGUAGGUAGGGGCCUGCCAAUUGGGAUCUUCGAGCACUUUUCCCACCUCGAAAGUCAUCACAUGUGUCGUCAAACCUGA